AUGGCAGGUACAUCCAUUGUCGGACUCCUAGUUCUCCUAUCAGUUUCGACCAUCGUACUAUAUGUUUUCAGGCAAUCUGAAAAGGAAAAAAGAACAUACUUGAAAGUAGAAAAGUUCUUAGCUACAUACAAAACCACAAAACCCACACGAUACACUUAUUCUGGAAUUAAGAAAAUAACUAAACGAUUCAGCCAUAAAUUGGGCCAAGGUGGAUUUGGAAGUGUGUACAAGGGGGAGCUUCCCAGUGCACUUGUCUAUGAAUUCAUGUUCAACGAAUCAUUAGAGAAGUUCAUUUUCAUGAGAGAAGAUAAAAGAAGUUAUCAAAUACUGAACAUGGAAAAAUUGCUGGAAAUUGCAACUGGUAUUGCCCGGGGCAUUGAGUACUUACAUCAGGGAUGCGACCAGCGUAUUCUACAUUUUGAUAUCAAGCCUCACAAUAUCUUGUUAGACCACAACUUCGUACCAAAAGUUUCUGACUUUGGUCUAGCAAAACUUUGCUCAAGAGAUCAUAGCAUUAUUACCAUGACAGCUGCUAGGGGCACAAUGGGCUACAUUGCACCAGAGAUUUACUCUAGAAACUUUGGAGAAGUGUCUUACAAAUCCGAUGUUUACAGUUUUGGGAUGCUAUUGUUUGAAAUGGUAAGUGGGAAGAGAACUACUGAACCCGCAAUUGAGGAGCAGAAUGAGGUUUAUUUUCCAGAGUGGGUUUAUAACCGGUUGAUUAGUGGAGAAGAUCUUGGACUUUCUGCGGAGAUGGGAAAAGAGGAGAAUAUUGCAAAAAAACUUAUGGUUGUUGCACUGUGGUGUAUUCAAUUGAGUCCAAAUGACCGUCCUACUAUGACAAGAGUAAUCCAACUUCUUGAUGGGGACUUGGAAAGCUUGCAGAUUCCACCAAAGCCUUUUGUCUCGGAAUAUCAAGAUAUUGGUACUUCUAUAAGCAAACUAUAAUUGAAGGUAGUUCAAAUUGCAAUUGCUUUGUCUUCUUAAAUAAAUACACUUUCCCUUUUAUCACUUUUAUCUUCUUUCUAUAAUUGUUGUAU